GGUUAUGUUGGUGGAACGUUUGCCUUGCGCGAUAUCGCAAAUUCUCUCUGUCCCAGCAGGCAAUGCACACACAGAGAGCGUACGCAGUGUUCACAGGCUAGGACAAGCUAGCAACGGAGGCGUGUGUGCUUUUCAAAACAUUCAAGUAAUAAAACCUAUAGUUUAUCCAAAAGAAGUCAAAGAAACAGCCUACGUGUCAUCAGCAGGAUUAGGGAUGGAGUUCCCUGUGGACGUGUUGGGAUCAGUGAGACAUGAGGAGGAGGAGCAGGCAGCAGAGGGCUACAUGACCCAGCUACGAUACAUCAUCCCCGACAAGGCCGAGAGCUUUACCCUGCCCAGCCACAGAAUGAUCUGUAUCAGUCUGUGUAACGUUGGUUUAGUUCCCAUCUAUGGAGGAGACCUGAAGCAUAAGAUUCUGGCCCUGUUCGCCCCAGAGGACCAGCUCACAGCGGUAGCUUUGUUUCUGGCGGGUCAGUGGUGGUCUGUCGAGGACAUCCUCAGAACCUCCGACCCCUCCAGAACUGGCCUCCUCAAGGUGAGGAGUCUUGGUGAGCGGAUCGUCCUGUACAUUCUGAACCGUAUCGUGUACCGCGUGGGUGAGAUAGACAAACCUGAGGUGCCCUUCCUGUGCCACGGACAGAACCACUUCGCCAAGCUCCUUUGGAAGGAUGGACACGCUGUCGGUUUCUACUCUGUCAAAACCAAAGACAGCUUGUGUAAUGGCUUUGUAACCCAACGCUACCAGCUGCCUGUUAUGGACUCCAUCUUUGUCAGGAAGUGUCAUCGUGGAAACCGUCAUGGUCUGCAGAUGCUGGAGGACUUUGUGGACUCUUUCAAAGAUGACCAGCUCGGCCUGAAGUACCCUCUCUCUCUAACCAUGUAUAAAGUGUGUGGCCAGUAUCUGUGUCGGUACCCAGCUGACCAGGACCUGCUGUGGGUGGUAGAGGGAGUGGGAGGACCCUACCAGAGAGAGAGAGUGGCCAACAAGAUCAAAACACUGAAGGUGGUGCUUCCCGUGGUGACGGCUAAUGGAGAUCACCAAGCAGCCUCUCUGGACAGCACAGACAUCAACAUGGAAGAGGGCUCAGACAACUGUCUGGACAUCACCGAGGGUGUUUUGGUGCUGAAUAAGCCCCUCAAGUUAAUAGAAGCCCUGGAGGGCACACCAGUGUCAACACAUACCUGGACAAGUGGACCUAAAAAGCGUGGCAGAGAAGAGAUGGAAGACUCUGAGGAGGAGAGCCAGCCUCUGAAGAUGAACAGAUUGGAGGAGGCAGAGCCCACCACUACAGCUGUGGAGGAGGAGGAGGAGGAGGCAGAGCCCACCACUACAGCUGUGGAGGAGGAGGAGGAGGCAGAGCCCACCACUACAGCUGUGGAGGAGGAGGAGGCAGAGCCCACCACUACAGCUGUGGAGGAGGAGGAGGCAGAGCCCACCACUACAGCUGUAGAGGAGGAGGAGGAGGAGGCAGAGCCCACCACUACAGCUGUGGAGGAGGAGGCAGAGCCCACCACUACAGCUGUAGAGGGAAAGGAGGAGGAAGGAAGCGGGGGGGAUGAGACAGAGACUGGAGAAGCAGAGGCUGCUCUGUCCCCUAUAGAGGAGGCCAAAGCUCAGGAGGCUGAGGUCAAAGGAGAACUGACUGAUGACCAGGGAGAGGAGGAAGAGGUUGCCACACAGGAGCCUGAUGCUGUGCUGGAGAACAGAACGACAGAGGAAGAUGUGGAAAUGGAAGAGCAGGAUUCGAAGGAGGAAGAUUACAUUGAGGCUAAAGACACCGUAGAUGCAGCUCCUGUGGCAUCAGAGGAAUUGGCUGAGACUGAAGCUAUGGUGGAGAAGGAGGCUCCUCUCCUGUUAGAAGAACCAGCCUCUGCUACAGAGAAGUCCCUUCCGCCUGCAGAGCCAGCCCCAGCAGAGCCCUCCCUCUCUGGGGAGGUGAUUGAGGAGGCAGGCGAGGCCGCAGCUACACCCAAGGAAGGAGAGGAGGUAGAGGGAGAAAAGGAGGGGGCGGAGAAAGCAGUGAAGGAAGAGGAGAAAUCCGUGGAGGCGGCCAUCACAGUGGACAGCAGUAGCCAGGAAACAGUGGUCCAGAUAGGGGUAGCAGACCUGUCCUACCAGCCUCCGGAAGAAGGAGAGAACCAGCCUCUCAAAAAGGAGGAGGCAAAAGAAGAGGUCAAAGGGGACGAAAAGAAAGAGGUAGAAGAGAUGGAGAAUGUUACAACCACAGAGGAUGAGAAAGAGGAGGGAGAGAGUGAGAGCUCAGACGAGGGUGGCGACGGUAAGGUCCUUUGGAGGAGAGGCAGUGGCCACGCGGCGGUGCCUAAACAUAAAUCUAAGAGACUGAGCAGAGUGGUCAUGGAGCCCGAGGAGCAGGGCACAGAGCAGCCGGAGGUCACGGAGGAAGAGGAGGAAGAGGAAGCUAGAACGACAGAGGAGGAAGAGGGGGCUGUAAAGAAGAGCUUGGCUGAGGAAGAGGUGGAGGAAGAGGAGCAUCCACCAGUGAUUGACCAGAGAGCAUUGAGGAGGAAGAGCCGACAGGUCCAGACUCCAAAGAAAGCCAAAGGGAAACGACGCAGCAAGAUCUAAACACAGCAGACGUUGCAUAUAUAAAAACGCACACAAAACACAUAUUUAGAGGUGUGCAGUAAGGGAUGUUUUCUACCUGGUUUUAGGGUUUGUAAGGCAUCUAAAGUUAACAUGUAUUAUCUCUGUAUAAUGUUUAGAUUUUGACUUUAGGUAGUUUUAUGAAAGGUUUAAGUACAUGAAUACUCGAUACUCUGUUGCAAUAAGUCAAUGUGAAGUAUUUUUAAGGUUUAGAAUUGAUUUUAUUCUUGUUUUUAUUGCCUUGCUCUUUCGGUACUGACUGAGAUUGAGUUUCACAGGCCUGAUGUGGUAGUUUGAAGAUGAUUUUCAUUCUUUAGCUCAGUAAAAAAAAAUCCAACAGCCUCGUCCUACACUGAGUCUGUGGUUGUUACAUUUAUACUAUUUACAGUAUUUAAAUAGUUUGGGUUGAAAUGCACCUUCUUAGUUUGGAGAUGUUGGAGGAGUUAUUUGAUAAAAACAGUCAUUGAAGUUCUGUUCCAAUGAAAGCCAGUCGACCCAGUUGCUCUUGAAGACCAGGUUUUCCUACACCCCCUGUUUUAUUACCAGUCACUUGUAUUAAGGAAUGAAAUGUUCUAAAAAUACCUGGGGUUUUCUCCAUGUUGUCUGAUCUCUUCAGAUGUGCUGAAAUACUUUUUUAUUUAGGAAAAAGCUGUGAAUGAACGUCAAUUCUAAUAUGUAAGUUGCACGGCACAGACGCACACAUGCACAUUGAUAUAUAAACAUGUAUACACACAAAUAUAGUACUUUGUGAAUAUACCCAGUAACUAAAAUUAGAAUAGGAAAAAUAUAUUUGGUUAUUAUUGUUCUUGCCCAAGUAUAAUUCAAGAUUAUAAUUUAAACUUUAUCUUAUAUCUAAUAGCAUGUUUAAUUGCAAGUGUGUUGAUUUUAAGGGUAAAAUAUGUAUAUUACAGUAAGUAGAUGAUAGCAGAAUUGAAGUGAAUGUGACUCUAUAUACCAGUGAUAUUUUUGUUAUAUACACUGUUGUAUAAUGGCACAACAUUCACUGUUUAGAAACAUAAAUUUGCUACACAAGUUGAGCUAUUUCUGCGUGAAUUUGAUGCUGUCAUUGACCGUGUCGCUUCACUGGUAAAGGUACGUUGAGGCAAAGAUAAAGCAGAAUCUGUCAAUGGGCUGUUUAUGUUCCAUGGCUAUGGGUUAAUAUAGUGCUCAAAAAAAUAAAGGGAACACUAAAAUAACACAUCCUAGAUCUGAAUGUAGUGACAACAAAAUCACACAUUAUCAAUGGAAAUCGAAUUUAUCAAGGUCUGGAUUUGGAUGUCAGAAUGAGGCUCAGUAGUGUGUGUGGCCUCCAUGUGCCUGUAUGACCUCCCUACAACGCCUGGGCAUGCUCCUGAUGAGGUGGCGGAUGUUCUCCUGAGGGAUCUCCUCCCAGACUUGGACUAAAGCAUCCGCCAACUCCUGGACAGUCUGUGGUUCAACGUGGCGUUGGUGGAUGGAGCGAGACAUGUCCCAGAUGUGCUCAAUUGGACUCAGGUCUGGGGAACGGGCGGGCCAGUCCAUAGCAUCAAUGCCUUCCUCUUGUAGGAACUGCUGACACACUCCAGCCACAUGAGGUCUAGCAUUGUCUUGCAUUAGGAGGAACCCAGGGCCAACCGCACCAGCAUAUGAUCUCACAAGGGGUCUGAGGAACUAAUCUCGGUACCUAAUGGCAGUCAGGCUACCUCUGGCGAGCACAUGGAGGGCUGUGCGGCCCCCCAAAGAAAUUCCACCCCACGCCAUGAUUGACCCACCGCCAAACCGGUCAUGCUGGAGGAUGUUGCAGGCAGCAGAACGUUCUCCUACGGCGUCUCCAGACUGUGUCACGUCUGUCACAUGUGCUCAGUGUGAACCUGCUUUAAUCUGUGAAGAGCACAGGGCGCCAGUGGCGAAUUUGCCACUCUUGGUGUUCUCUGGCAAAUGCCAAACGUCCUGCAUGGUGUUGGGCUGUAGGCACAACCCCCACCUGUGGACGUCAGGCCCUCAUACCACCCUCAUGGAGUCUGUUUCUGACCGUUUGAGCAGACACAUGCACAUUUGUGGCCUGCUGGAGGUCAUUUUGCAGGGCUCUGGCAGUGCUCCUCCUUGCACAAAGGCGGAGGUAGCGGUCCUGCUGCUGGGUUAUUGCCCUCCUACGGCCUCCUCCACGUCUCCUGAUGUACUGGCCUGUCUCCUGGUAGCGCCUCCAUGCUCUGGACACUACGCUGACAGACACAGCAAACCUUCUUGCCACAGCUCGCAUUGAUGUGCCAUCCUGGAUGAGCUGCACUACCUGAGCCACUUGUGUGGGUUGUAGACUCCGUCUCAUGCUACCACUAGAGUGAAAGCACCGCUAGCAUUCAAAAGUGACCAAAACAUCAGCCAUGAAGCAUAGGACCUGAGAAGUGGUCUGUAGUCACCACCUGCAAAACCACUCCUUUAUUGGGGGGUGUCUUGCUAAUUGCCUAUAAUUUCCACCUGUUGUCUAUUCCAUUUGCACAGCAGCAUGUGAAAUGUAUUGUCAAUCAGUGUUGCUUCCUAAGUGGCCAGUUUGAUUUCACAGAAGUGUGAUUGACUUGGAGUUACAUUGUGUUGUUUAAGUGUUCCCUUAAUUUUUUUUUAACAGUGUAUAUAGACCCUACACCUGGGUCAUAUUCACUAAGCACCAAACAAAAGAAGGUUUUAGGCAAAGUGUUUCUCUAUUAGUAUGACUGCUGUUUGUUAGCUAUAGCUGUGUCCAGGCUGGUCAUGUAAAAGCUACAUCGUAAAACACCUGGUGGUUCUCAAUAGUCUACAGGUGUUUUGUCUCCUUUAGCUCUCCUUCACCUGCACUGAUCUGAAAACAACUAGAGAUAAGUGGGGAUUUUCCACUUCCAGAUCAGUGAAGGAGACGAGGAGAGGAUGCCACUGUAUGCACCCCAUUUGUUGAUUGUGGACAAUCAGUUUCAACCACCACUACACUUGUGGGUUGAUUCCUUUACGUGUGUUGCUAUCAUCCACCUGUUAAUACUCUGACCCCGGUCCCCCAAAAUGUGAAUAAAGGCUUAGUUUUAACUUGGAUGUACGGAAUGUUACACAGCCAUGUUAGUUCUGGUUGUUUUCAGUUUGAAUGUGUCCUGGAUAUAAAGGAACAGCGGAGGGAGCCAGAGGAGGAGUCAUUGAGCUGCAUUUAGUUUAGCAUGGCCUCUACUAGCGUUUUCACAUUCAGGUUGAUUAUAGAAGUCACCUCUUGGUGGUGCUCAUAUUCUGCCUUGGCUGCUGUGGUUCCCACUGUCUUCUGUGUCUAGGGUGGUUUCAUCCAGACUUCCUAGAUAUCUACAGGCUUACCCCAGGGCUGUGUUCAGUGGCGUCCGAUGUUACAGAAGGUUAAGAUGGAAAGAGAUUCUGUUAGCUGAGCACAAGACAAUCCUGUCUGCAAUGUUCAGAACGUGGCACCUUCCUGAACGUACCCUACUACUCUAAAUCUUAUUGACCUCAUUCACAACCAAGAGCCAGAAUAUUGCAGGCUUUAGUGUGUCUGUUCCAAAUGGCAAAUUAUUCCCUAUAUAGUCCACUAUAACCUUUUAUUUAACUAUGCAAGUCAGUUAAAAACAAAUCUUAUUUAGAAUGACGGCCUACCCCGGCCUUACCCUAACGACACUGGGCCAAUUGUGCACCGCCAUAUGUCACUCCCAAUCACAGCUGGUUGUAAUACAGCCUGGAAUCGAACCAGGGUCUAUAGUGAUGCCUCUUGCACUGAUAUGCAGCUCCUUAGACCGCUGCGCCAAUAAAAUAAAUAAAUGGUGCACUAUAAAGGGAACUGGGUGCCAUGUAGGAUACACUUACGUUUGUUCUGUUGAAUGUUUUCAGUGAUCAGUUUGUGGUUGGAGAGAUGAACAGUUUGUGUUGACACCAAUGCAAGACAUCUGCUAUGGGAGUGGUUUCAUUUCAGGGACUGAUUCGCUUUCAAAUCAAUCAAUUCAGGAGAAGAAUCUAGAUGAAAUUAAAUGAAUUGAGUGUUUACUUUCCUAUGAUUUCAAAAGAAAGAAAAAUGUGUGCCUUUUUAUUUAAUGAUCCCUGCCUGUGUUAGGGACCUUGUUUUCCGUGUUGAACUUGAACUAAUAAGUAGAAUUUCAAAUCACCUGAAUUCACUGAGUUAUAGUAGAUUUAAACUAAUUCCUGCAUCUUGUGAUGUUACUGGACAUUUACUAUUGGUUCGUCAGCUGUUUUAAUAUGAACUACUGUUUAUCUUAAUAUAUCUUACUGAACGUCUUUCAGCCUAUGAAUUCCUUGUAGUUAAUAAACUAUUUUUUUCUGGAA